AUGUCAAGAAGCUGCACCAGUGCCCGACCUACAAGACAGCGAGCACAGCGGUGCUCCUGUCGCGGGUUGCGUGGAUCGUCCCAGACCUGCGGCGUGGCCUGGCCUGGCACCGGGACGGGAAGCCGUUCCGGAAGCUGCGGCACCAGGCCUACGUCGGCAGGCAGCGGGCCAUCACCCGGCUGGCGGAGCAGUUCCGCGCGCCCCCCGGCAUGA